AUGAGCAAAAGAAAAUCGAAUGAAAUUGAAAACAAGACCAAUCACUCUAAUUCAAAUGCAAAGCAAUACAGCAACGGCAAUACAAAUGGAACAAAGUUAAAACAAAAAUUUUCAAAAGAGGUGGACACCGAACUAAAUGGUAAUGGCAAACAAGCAGUACAUGUGGAGAAUAGGGAUGAAGAUGUUCACGAAGAAGGCGGCGAUAGUUAUAGUGAUAAUGACGAAGAUGACGACGAAGAUGAGGAAGAUGAUGAGGAAGAGCAAAACUCCGAACCUAAAGCCAAAAAAGCUAAAAGAGAAAAUUUAACAGCACAGGAGAUUAGAAUAGCCAGAGAAACUGCAGAAUUAUUCAAAUCCAAUAUUUUCAAACUUCAAAUUGAUGAACUUUUAAAAGAAUUAAAAGUCAAAAAAAGUCAUGAAGAAAAAAUGGAGAAAGUAUUGAGAAGACUACAUGAUUUGAUAAAGCAAAUUCCUCCUGUCGAAAAUUUAUCUUUACAACAAGCAGAAAAUUUAUUCAAUCCAAAGAAGAUUGUUAUCCCAUUUCCAGAUCCUAAACCAGUAAAUGUAAAAUACACUUUUUCAUAUUUACCUCCUGAAGAUUUGUCAUUAGUAGGAUCGUAUGGAUUGAAAACUGGAAUCAGCCAAGGUCUGAGCAUAGAAGUUUCAAUGACAAUGCCUUCAAGUUUAUUUCAACCUAAGGAUUAUUUAAAUUACAGAGCUUUAUACAAGAGAUCAUUUUACUUAGCAUAUGUUGCGGAACAUUUAAUCAGUUUAACAAAGAAAAAUAAUUUACCUGUAAAAAUCACAUAUCAUUAUCUUAACGAAGACAUAUUAAAUCCUGUUCUCAAUAUCGAAAGUAUUCAAACGGAGAAUAAAGAAGAUUUAUCAUUUUUCAAGACUAAAUACACCAUAAAUUUAAUUGCAGCUUUUCCAUUUGCUAUAUUUGAUGGAAAAAAACUAUUACCAGACAAAAAUUGUAUUAGAGUUUCAAAUAAUAUAGAGGAACAACCAGCAACUACUUUAUAUAAUUCAAGCAUUUUAACCCAAUCAUCAUAUGACUAUUAUUUGAAAUAUCUAUAUACAAUGAAAAAAUCAACUGAAGCGUUUAAAGACGCAUGUAUAUUGGGAAGACUUUGGCUACAGCAGAGAGGAUUUGGAUCUUCAUUCAGUAAAGGAGGUUUUGGACAUUUUGAAUUUGCAAUUUUACUUGCAGCUCUUCUUCAAGGUGGUGGUGUAAAUAGCAACAAAAUCUUAUUACAUGGAUUUUCAUCAUAUCAAUUGUUUAAAGGGGCUAUUCAAUAUUUGGCAACAAUGGACUUGAACAAAGGUUACUUAUCAUUUUCUUCUUUAAUUGGAGAAGAGAUACCAUCCAAAUAUAAAUCUGAUGGAUUCAAUAUUCCAACCAUCUUUGACAAAAACACUAAAUUGAAUAUACUAUACAAAAUGACAACUGCCUCUUAUGAAGAUGUUAAAGCAAAAGCUAAUCAAACUUUGGACUUAUUAAAUGAGGUGGUGAAAGAUAGAUUUGAUCCAAUUUUACUUCAAAGAUCAACGCAACCAAAUUUAAAGUAUGACAUAACCUUAUCAUUGACAUUACCUGACGAAAUACUUGAUACAUUUGGAGCACUUGAGAAAAUCACGUUCUUAACUUUUAACAAUUUUUUCAAGCAUAAAUUAUACAAUUUGAUAAAAACAGCCCUAGAAGAUAGAGCAACAUUAAUAAGAAUUGAAAAUGAUAAAGUCAAUAGCACUUUUGCAAUCCAGAAAAGGAAACCUGCUAAUGGUGGUUUGACAUUCAACAUUGGGUUACAAUUGAAUAGUGACGAAUCAGACAAAUUAGUAACUAAAGGACCAAACAAUGAAGAUAAGGAAAAUGGAACUAAAUUUAGAUCUUUUUGGGGCUCAAAGGCUACUUUAAGAAGAUUUAAAGAUGGGUCAAUUCAAAAUUGUGUGGUUUGGCCAGUUUCUGAUAGAGAACCAAUAGUUGUAUCGAUCAUUAGAUACGUCCUUGACUUACACAUUCUUAAAGAUUUAACUCAAUCACUUCAUACUGAAUGUGGACUUUUUGAUAAAAUAUUACCCCUUUCCUUAUUACCAACUGCGUCAAAUCAAACUACAAAUUCAUUAUACAGUUUUUCAAUAUUAAGAAGUUCUUUUGAAAGUUUGAAUAAAACAUUGAUGAACUUAGAACUACCAUUAAGCAUUAAAUCGAUAAUGCCAGCAUCUACAGCAUUAAGAUAUUCAUCAGUUCUUCAACCAGUUCCAUUUGCUGUUUCUAAUCCAGAUUUUUGGAAUGAAUGUAUUUUACAAUUUGAAAUUUCCAGUAGAUGGCCUGAUGAAUUAUUAGCAUUGGAGAAAACUAAGACAGCAUUUUUAUUGAAAAUUGCAGACGCCUUAAGAGAUACAAAUUACACUACUACAAUUGUUGAUGAUCACUCGAUUCCAUUUAAUGAAGACAUAAAAACAUUAAACAUUUUAACACCAGAAGGAUUUGGUUUCAAAAUCAAAAUUUUAACUGAAAGAGAUGAAUUGUUGUAUUUAAGAGCUGUCUCAAAUGCAGGAAGUCAAAAAUCAAUUGCUCAAAAUGUCUACUUAGCAUUUGUGAGAAACUAUCAAGCAUCAGUGAAACAUACAAGAACAAUUACCCUGUUGGCUCAACAUUUUCAUUAUUAUUCUCCAACUGUGAGGUUGGUAAAACAAUGGCUAGACUCACAACUACUUUUAAAUCAUUUCACUGAUGAAUUAAUAGAAUUAAUUGUUUUGAAACCGUUCGUUGAUCCAGCACCAUACUCCAUUCCCCAUUCGGUUGAAAAUGGAUUCUUACAAGUACUUUCGUUCUUGGCUCAUUGGAACUGGAAAGAAAUACCAUUAAUACUUGACUUAGUUAAAAGUAAUGCGGCGGAUGAUGGAAUUCAUAGUGAUAAAUUAAGCAUACAAACUUAUAGAAUUAUAGAAGAAAAUUUCAACAGAAUAAGACAAUCAGAUCCUUCAGCAAUUAAGACUCAAUUUUUCAUUGGUUCAAAAGAUGACCCUUCAGGAAUCUUGUGGUCAAGUGAAUUGGUAUUACCUAUAGCAACAAGAUUAACUGCAUUAGCAAGAGCAACAAUAGACUUAUUGUUAAGUAAAGGUAUUGAUGAAAAAUCAUUAAAUCUUAUUUUUAAACCAGCAUUAAAAGAUUACGAUUUUACUAUCAAUGUAAAAUCUCAAAAUUUAACUACAUCAUCUGGGGUAUUGCCUCCAAACACUUUCAAAAAUUUAAUACAACCAUUAACUUCAUUUCCUGAAGAUAUCACUUCAAAAUAUGACUUAACACAAUUAUAUACUAAAAAGUUGAAUGAAUAUUAUGGAAAUAAUAUAAUCUUUUCAAGUAAAAAGUUCAUUUGUCUAAAUAAUCAAUCAGGAGAAAAUGUAAACAUUGUUGGUGGUUUAUUUGUACCUUCAAGUUUAGGAAAGAAAAAAUUUAGAGUUAAUUUGGAAACUAAUGUUGAACCACUAAAUGAUGAAAAUAAUGAAGAUGAAGUCAAACUUAACAAAGCUGCUAUAUUUGAUCAUAUGAGAUUAUUAGGUGGGGAAUUAGUUACUGAUUUGAAUGUAAAAAAAUAA